CCCUUCCUCUCUUCUCUUCUGGCAUCCCCAUCCCCCAUCGCUUUAUGUGCUUCCAUACAGCCUGAAAAAUCAACCGGAGGAGGAAACCUUCACACUCAACGGAGAAUAGACUGACCCACAGAACACCGCUGGAAACCGGGAUCACAGACUGGAUCAGGGUGACCCAUCUUGAACCUGCUUCACACUGAUUUGCAUAUCCAUUCUUCCUACCUCCUUCAUUUGCCUUUCCUUCACUGAGAAUGGCAAGCGGGCAUUCCACUGACAAAUUCAGUUUUCUGUACCCAACAGACAGCAGUCAGAGCGUGAAGAGUAAGAACAGACUGUCUUCCACCAUGAACCCGGUGUACAGUCCAGUGCAACCGGGAACCCCGUACGGAAACCCAAAAAAUAUGGCUUACACAGGUUAUCCCGGAGGUUAUCCAACGACUGCCCCGGCCUACACAGCCAACCUUUAUCAGACAGGUAGCCCAGGAUACCCACCAGUGCUGCUGGUGAAGCAGGCCUGGCCCCAGACGGCAUCAGCUCCGGGGCCCGCAGAAGGCUCCUAUGACCUGGCUGUGGACGCUGGCUCAGAGAGCAGGCAGUACCAGGCCUCAUCUACAGCAUUCAGAUAUACUGCAGGAACGCCUUAUAAAGUGCCCCCUACUCAGAGCAAUGGAGCCCCUCCACCGUACUCCCCGUCCCCAAACCCCUACCCCACGGCCAUGUACCCCAUCAGAAGUGCCUAUCCACAGCAGAACCUCUAUGCUCAGGGUGCUUAUUUCACACAGCCGGUGUAUGCAGCUCAGCCUCACGUCAUCCACCACACCACCGUGGUGCAGCCCAACAGCAUCCCCUCCGCUAUCUACCCUGCUCCGGUGCCCGCGCCACGUUCCAAUGGGGUGGCCAUGGGCAUGGUGGCCGGAACAACCAUGGCCAUGUCUGCCGGCACUUUGCUGACCACCCCUCAGCACACUCAGAUUGGAGCACAUCCCGUCACCGUGCCAACAUACCGACCCCAAGGAACACCUGGCUACAGCUAUGUGCCACCUCACUGGUAGAGCCACCUGCCAAUCAUAUCUGGAGUCAAACAUUGUAUGCAACUACUCAAGUCUUACAUCGGCGCUCUGUGCUCAACAGGGAGGGCCACGUCUGUUUGCAAGAACAAAAAGAUGAAAAAAAAAAAGUGCAAGGGUCACUUUAUGCAUUCUUACGUGUUUUUGUAAAAGCUGCUUUUUUAUCCUUUUAUUUAAUUUUUCUUUUUGUUUUUUGGGAUGACGUUCUUGCAUUAGGUUAUUUUAAUUUCUCAAUGUUCCAUAGUUACUUCUGUCAGAACUCCAGAAUGAUUUCGACCAAUCACGCCUCUUCAAAAUCUGUAUUUUGUGUUCAGUAUAAACGCUGGUGUGUAGGAAUGUACCGACGCAAUAUCAGCACCACCGGGAUCAUAAUCAUCCAAUUAUGCUGCCAAAUUUUAUAACACUUAGAAACUAGCACAGGGUUCGUUUUUAGUUCGUUUAUUUACCGCAGAGUUUCAUUUCAGCGUUCACACUUCCGUCGAGGAAAGUCGAUUCGUUUCUUUUUUUUUAAAAUAUUAAUAUGAUUUCAGUCCUCCCUCAUUUUGGUUCUACCAUCGAUAACAAGGGUGUCUUCCAGCUUGUAGCUGUUCAUGUAGAUUUGUAAGGAAUAUAUCAUUAGUAGGGCAGUGCAAACGUGGUUUAACCUUCAUUAGGAUAUCGAGUACAUAACAGUAAUCUUAGUUAUUCACUAAAUAGAGAACGUUCGAGUGAGCUGGUUACGUUACUAGCUUAUGUGUCAGGAUAGCGUAAGCUUCUAAACUAUAAAGUGUAUAUUCGAUUUAUAUAAAUAUGCGCGCAUGGGAAUGCGGCAGAAUUUCGAGGAACGAAAAAAUAUCUAUGGUUGGCACUUAGCUGGAGCCUAAAACGUGCCAACUUUGAGGCCAGAUAGGACGGACGCUACUCUGAUCGAACGACAAAGGGACUUUAUUGCAUCGUAGAUAGCACUAAACGCAAAAAAAAAAAAAAAAAACGUAUAUAAAAUAAAUAAAUAAUAGGCGUUCUGGCAUUCAUCGAGUUUGAGUGGGUCUAACCCCUGGUCAAUCAUUGGGCCUGUAGUCGCACAGAUUGUACAAACGGAGUUGUUCAACGCAAUAAUAAGAACGGCCUGCUUGAAUGGCUUUUAAUUGUAACUUACAGCCUUUUCAGAGAGAGAGAGAGAUUUUGAUUUCCUAUCCCCCCUCUCCAAGAGCUCGUCUAGUGUACUCCGAAGUGACAUAUCAAGUAUUCUAUGAAAUGUUAUCAUACCAUUGCACACUUGACAAAUAGACGUAACUUUAAUAACCAAUUAUACGGUACACUCUCAUAUUUAAAGGAUGUAAUUAAGAAAAUCAAAGCAUUUACUCUGCUCUUGGUGACGUCUCUGGAAAAGUAAUAUUAUUGUCAGUACAGAACCGUAUCGCUCUAUUUUGUUGUUUGUUACGGCUAAUCAACCACUAUUUCGAUAUAUAGUACACACUCGAACGUGGGAACGAAGCGAUUCUCUGAUCUUAUGUGGAAGUAAUAACGUCUAGUAAUGCAUGUGUCAUGCGGGUGAAUGCAGUAUAGUGUAAUCGGAUGGAAACUAUGCCCUCGCGAAGCAUGGUUGCAUCAUGUUGAAUCGCAGCUUAUGGAUUGCUUUUAAUAACACUUUUACAUUACAGCACAUUCCCUUCGAUUUCUUUUAUUUUUUUAGUUGUCGUUGUUGUUGAAAUAAAAGGAGAGGGCGAGGGCGCAGUGUGGAUGAUCACCCAGAGAAUAUUUAGCAAAAUAAUUAGCCUAAUUUAAGAUUGUUCUUAAACUAAUAAUCCUGUAUUUUUUUAUGUAUUAGGAUUUGCAUCAUCCUCAAUUGUGAUUGGGAUUAGAAUUUGCAGUACUGUAGUCUAAAUUUGACAGUAUUUUUUUAUAAACGUCAUCAUAAUUAAUAAAUAAAAAGAAAAUUUAGGAAAUUUGGCAGAUAAAUAGUGAUUUAAAUAUAAUAAUUUAACAUAAAAACAAGCUUCUUUUUGUUCAAUAUUAGGUAUUCUGCAAUAUUUAAUAUUGGUAAUAUUAAAGGUGCUGUAUGUGAGUUUUUGACUCCACUAACGCAUAAAAACAUCAUAAUAUGUUUGCCGAUAUUUAAAAAAACAAGCUAAGUGAACAUUCUUGUUUAUCUGAUAAACAAUGCUAAAGAUAGUCUGCUUUAAAAAUGUGCUUUACGUGCUGGAACGUCUGUCUUUGUUUUGGUCAUUUAACCCGCCCACUGCAAGUUUAGCCAAUUAUAUUCCAGCACCCCGGGUUGCCUUGAUUGAAAACAUCGUAUUUCAUUCAUUCAGUCAGGAAGGCUCUUGUCCCUGACCGAAUUGCAACCUCCAAUGGACAGUAGCAGACUCGGAAAUGAGACGCAGAUUCAGAGUUCCACAUGUGGUGGUUUUUAACAAGCAAAUAAUAUAAAUAUUAUGAGUGUAAACAUUUGGUGAGCAGGUUACAUUGUAACCCGUGUUCUAGCAACACACUACGACACGCUAGAUUUGCAAUUUGGCUGUUUGCACCAGACGAAACAUUAGAAAUUUAAAUACAGCCAUUCAGAAGCACAGAAUAGUGCACUCCAAUGAACUGGCUUAUAGUCUAAUUAAUACAUAUUGAACCUCUUUAACAUUAUUAAAUGUAGAGGCUGAGUCACUAGCCAUGUUUCCAUUCAAAAUUUGAAUUAACUUUAUGCGCAAAACUGGAAUAUCACAUAAAAGACAUGCAAAUAAAGCAGCGUUUCCGUCCAGCGAGUCAAAGCCAAAAAAAUCGUCACUUCCUGACUAACUGGCACCAAAUAUCAACAGCAAAAACUGAAUUUGCUGUGGUAGAAGAAGCUGCGUGAAUGUUUUCCUCAGUUAAUUAAUGACUUGCGCCUCAGAAGGCAAUCCUGACAUGCAGAGAACGCACAGUGGCAUUUGAAGGCGUGAGACAUGGAGCACAGAUGCUUCUAACAAUUUUGGAGGUCAUUACUAAUAUAAUAACACUAAUACUAAAACGGUUAAGACAUUUUAGAAUGACCAAAACAACAUUUCAGAUGUUUUACCAUGUGCUCAGCCUGCUGGUUUGUGUAUCAGGGUUAGGUUUGCCCAUGCUGGUUAGGACAAAAACUCCUUUUAAUAUGGAAAAUAUUACGUCUAUUGCGUGUUUUUAGAUAGAACAACAAUUAAAUCAGCCUUUAGGCUUGGUAAACAGACUUGAUUCUGUUGGUGUCGUCAAUCUGGCAACCUGCGCUUGCAUGUGUUUUGAACCAGGUGUGCAAUACCUAGUUCAACCACUGGGUGUCAAACUUACAUACUGCACCUUUAACAUAGUUUCAUUGUUCCUUAGUACUAGGGUAAAAAAUCUUCCUGACAGAUUUAUCUAAAAAUGACUUCAUUGCAUUACAUGCUACAGUAUAUUCUUGUGCCCUUAGUGAGCAGCAAUCUCUGUGCAGUAAUGGGAUUUUAUUAGUUUAAGAUCAUCAGUUUUGUAUAGGAUGAAAUCUCACGCACUCUCUGCCCUACUCUUUCCUUUUUUCCAGCAGGAUUUAUACAGUAUUAUAUCAAACAGUGACCUUUAUUUUCUGUCUUUGCAUCACAAGACUUCGAUCGAUGCACAAUAAUCACUGUAAUCGACAUAUUAAACACUGACGCGAGCAGACGUCAGACUGAACUCGAGGACUAGAGUGACCUUUUAACACUGCAAAGGAGUAAAGGGUUUGAUUCAGAACGAGCGGACGUUACCAUCCACUCUGACAAUGUAAUUUAGGCGCUUUUUACGUAAGUGUUAUUUAAAGUUUUAAUUAAUGAUUGAUGUUCAUUUUUUCUUAAAUAGAAGAUCUUUAUAGUUGAUCUGGAGUGGAGUGAUACAGUCCAUGUGGUUGAGAGGCAUUUCAGAGCACAAGUCUUCAAGGGGUUUCCUCUUCCUCUAAACAUGCAUUUCCCCAAUCUGUCUUUGUCUUGUUCUUUCUGGUUUGUCGAAAUAAUGAGGGCGGGGGGUAAAGUUUAGCAAUCUGCAGCUAUUAUUAAAAUCUGGUAGAGAUGUUCACUGAAGUUAGCUUUUUUUUUUUUCGUGAAAUUGAAUUGCAGUUACUGGAACAAACAACGUUUUAAUACAGGGUCAUUGUGAAUUUAAAGGGAUUGAUCAUCUGGAAAGGAAAACGGCGUGAACGUUAAGCUCCGAGUAUACUUCGUUUUUUUGCUGUAGAUGGUUAAAAAUGACAGAUCUACCCUUCUGUGUGCUGUAGAAAUUUUUUUUUUAAUUUUUAAAUUCGGCUCACAUCUCAUAUGGAGAACAUUCUUUAGGAUCUAUACUGCAGCCAGCCACCGGGGGGCCAUCAAGAGGUUUUGGCUUCAAUUUACAGUACACAAAUGAUCCAACACUCAAACAUUUAUCCUAGUUUGUUCUGUCCAAACAUUAUUAUAAAUGCUAAUGUCUUUGUUCUCUAAACAUUCAGAGAUUAGUUUGUUUGUGAAGUCUAAACAUAUAUGAUUGAAACACCUCCACAUUUUCUUCUAAAAGAAGAUUUGAAGCCAGAUGUCACGGGUAUAAUCUGCUUUCAUCUUGUGCAAAUGAUGUCAUUUGGAGCCCAAGUUCAGUUUGGCUCAUGGCAGAGUUUAUUAACUAUACUGCAGCCAACCACCAGGGGGUGAUCAAGAUGUUUUGGCUUCACUUUUAAGUACACAAAGGAUCCAACACUCAUAGAUUUAUCCUUGGAUGUUUUGUUCAAACAUUAUGAGCUAUGAAAAAAUGUUUGCACUUGUUAAACAUUCAGAAAUUAGUUUGUUGUGAAGUCUGAACAAAUAUGGAUGAAACAACUCCAGAUUCUUCCAAUAAAGUCAAAAUAUGCCAGGUAUAGCUGCUGUCAUCUUGCGCAGAUCAGUUCAGUUUGGCUGGUGGUGGAGUUUAUGGCCUAUACUGCAGCCAGCCACCAGGGGGCGACCAAGAUGUUUUGGCUUCACUUUCCAGUACACAAUUGAUCCAGCACUCAGUUAUUCAUCCUAAUUUGUUCUAUUCAAAUUUUAUGAGUGAUGUAAAAUGUCUUUGCACUUGUUAGACAUUCAAAAAUUAUUUAGAUUUUUGUUUAUUAAUAAGUCUAAACAAAGAUGGAUGAAACACCUCCACAUUCUUUUAUUGUAAAUAAAUAAAUGAAGCCAAAAUGUCACAGGUUUAGCUGCUGUCAUCUUGCGUAGAUGAUGUUAUCUGGAUCCCAAGUCUGCCUUAUGUCGGCCUAUACGCUGUAGAAAAUAAUGGGUUCCACCCCCAAAAAAAUUGUGUUUAGACAACAUAAAGGAAUUAAGUUAACUUAUUAGUUUUUACAAAUUGAAGUGGAUUGAACAUCAAACAAUUAAGCUCAUUUUACAUCAGUAGUUUGAACAAACAGCAAACCAAAUUUUAAGAAGUGUACUGCAGUCAACCACCAGGGGGCGAUCAAAAAUGUUUUUGCUCCAAAUGAGGCGCAUCGGGGCCAAACACAAGCACUCAACAAUAUAAAUAUUAAGACUUUUCCGACAUCUGCACUUUUCCUCUCCUAAAGUUAUGAGCGAAAAAAAAUUUAUACUUCCUACAGAAAUUAGUUUCAAAAACUGAUCACAGUAAUGAAAACGGAAGCAAAAAUAUUUCAGUUAUGGGGCGCUGAUCACAUCAUUUGGCGCACUAGUCAUGGGGGGCAGGUUUUAUUACCUAUUUUGCAGCCAGCCACCAGGGCUCAAGCGUUUUGGCUGUUCUUACUAGGACAUAUAAUGCAUAACGUGGCUCAAACACACAAUGAUAAUUCGUAAAUUCUAAUUUCCGAGGAGGACUUGAACAUAUCGUACACAUAUAUAUAAACUGAAGUAUACUUUGGGCUUAAUAAGAAAGCUCACCCAAAAAAAAUUAUUGUAAUCAUGUACUCACCCUCUUCUUGUACCAAACCUGUAUGAGAGUCUCUCUUCUGUUGAAUACAAAUAAUAUUUUGUAAUCCAAACCAUAUUUAAAAUCCAUUGACAUUCAUUGUUCUACUAUGGUCAUUUUAUUCGACUAUGGAAGUCAAUAGCAAGUUUAAUUCUGCGGGAAUGAUCUCUUAAAUGUGAAAAGCAAAACAAAAUGUUUCCUGUAUGUUUUUCAAGAACAAAAAAGUCAUUUUUUGGAGUUAUUUGAUCUUCAAUAGUUGAAUCAGAAAGCUCUUUAUUUUCAUUUUUUUUAAUACGUCAUUGUUUUUUCAUCCCAAUAUCAAUACUCGGUUAUUUUCAGAUAUAUUCGCUCACCAAACAUUAAUCAUUAUCAUGUAUUUCUCGCAUUUUAAAUAGAUCGAUUGUUUUCAAUUGUGUGUUAAAUCAGGUGUUUUUAUUUUAUUUACUUUUUAGCAGGUUUGGAUCUGAGUAUUUUGUUGUUGUUGUUUGGCCAUGGUAUGGAAGAGGCUUGGAUUUCCUUUUUUUUUUUUUUUUUACUUCAGUCAGUUUCUAUCGUUUUGAGAACAUGUGAUGUUUAUAUUGCAAACCCAUGCACUGUUACGUUUUAGUUUUUUUUUUUGUUCAGGGCAACGAUCAAAGGAUUGUUUACUAGCGCCCGUGAUGCAUGCAGCGGGUUAUUAGCUCUAGUGAAUUCAGUGUCACGUCACCAGUAUGUAAAGGUAUUUUUAAAGUAAUUGUGGCACUGGUUUCACGCUCUCGCUGAAAACCUGUGAUAUGUACCAUAGGCUUUUUUUUUUUGGAUGCAAACAAACGAGGGGUUGCUAUUUCACGCUACUGUUUAGGAAUAUUUAUGUUUUGACCCGUAUAUUGAGAAUAAGACUUUGUUGUUUGCAUUCUAAAUGUAAAGCAUUAAGGGGAAAAGUCUUCCAGAAUUUAUCUCCCUUCAGUGAGUGUUAAAAAAGCCCUUGCCCCCCCAUAGUUAUGUAUAUUACGCACUGCAGCGCGGUUUUCGAGAUCACAUUUCGAUUUUCCGAGCGUGUUUUCAGCAGACCGUGCCGUUCCACCGUUUGAGCAAGGAGACCCACAUCAGGCUUGUGAAAUGAAGUGUAAAACUGUUUUUAUUAUUUGGUUUUUUAUUGUUUUGUUUUGUUUUUGAAGAUCAGUUAGUGAUCUCUGUGACAUAAUUAAGCCAAGUUUGUAAUUGUAUAAUAUUUACUGUAAGAUGUAGAACAUUCAAUAACUAUUAAAAUCUUUCCAAAAAAAUUAUAAA